CGUGCAUUGUGGACAGUUCAGAGUUGCGGGUCAAAACACGUUACAAAACACGUUACGAAUCAUGUAUAUGAACGGUAGAGCUUUAUUAUUAACAUAACAAGUAUGCAUGCAUAAAGUUCAAUCGCAAAACGCAUCGUAUAAUUCUGCAUAUAUGAUUCGAUUGCAUUGCACGGAGUAGCAGCAGAGUCACUGUAGGCUUCAUGAACGAAUCCGCUACAGCUAAUAUGGAUGUGGACAUGGAUAUCGAUUUGAACGUCAGUCCCACUCAAUUGCUCAGCAUUUCACAUACCACACUGUCCAUAGUAACGGGCUAUAUAAUUCCUGUGAUUGGGCUGCUGAGUUGUCUUAUUUACGUCUCAGUGUACGAGUUUGAGGAUGUCAACGAUACACACUGCAAGGUGGCCAAUGUACUCCCGUCGCUCAGCUCAGUGAUUGGUAACUACCCCACCGUACGGUAUAUCUGGACCUUCUGUCUGUUGAUAGGCAUGCCCACCCGUGUUAUUGACAGCGUUGCGUACUACAACUACUUCCGGGAGUGUAUAGGGGAAACCCACAUGCUAGCGUGUCUGGCAACUCUGGUGUUGCUGACAGUCGAGAACUUCGGACUCUCCGUUUUAACCGUCAUCCCCUCUGGCGAAAACCACACGUUGCAUGCGUACGGAUUCGGCAUGUUCUUGUGCGGCGGUGUGCUGGCUAUGGCCACCGUCGCCUAUCUCUUCAGUGCGCUGCAAGACUCUACGAAUGCGAAUAUGAGUCCACGGCCGAUCUCGCUCAAGUGGAAACGCAUAUGCUUGACACUCAAUCUGUGUGCCAUUGCAACGAGCAUGUACUUCUAUUGGAGGCACAACAAGUACUGCGAACCCUACGUGUUCAGUCUGUUUGCUCUCUGCGAGUACAUAGUGGUGCUCACCAAUAUGGCAUCCCACGCAAGCGCUAUGUGGGAUUUUAAGGGGAUGUGGUUGACGUUCGGAAGCAGUUCGGCUCAGUAUGGUAAACUGGUAUAACUGACUUGGGGACGUACCGAGAGAGUACACAUUUUAGCAGAGAAGCAUUGACGACAGGGACGGACAUGGUAUCCUAUUUGAGCUAUCGUUUUUUUCGAGCGGUGUCGACCUGAACAUGUAUUCUCAGCUGCCCUCGAAUUUUAGCGUAAUGGCUGUAUAGUGCAUUUAGAGGAUAGCCAAGCACGGAACGGUUUGAUUCAGCCUGGCCAAGCAUGAUGUUCAUACCGUGCGUAUACGCCUAUAUAAGCUGAUGAUUUUUACAAUAAUGACAGUACUCUCCCUCGAGGAAUUUGAUUGACGAGUACGUACAUACACUUGCGCAUGUUAAGCGGUCUCUUGAGGGUUGUAUAUUAUUGAUAAAUGGGAAUACUUGCAGGUGAACACAUAUACCUUCAAAUAGUUUCAUAGUGAGUUAGGAAAGCUUAGUAAUACAAUAAUAGGAAGAAAAAGAUCUAUGCAAGGUAGGCUCGCAAGAAGAUUGGGAAGGAAAGAGAACCUUGAGAAAAUACCACAUUUGAGAUAUAACUAUCCCGUGAGUAGGGGAUGACCUUUUUGUGGAGUAUUAGUGGCGAAUGCUAAAAGAAUAUUAAAAUUUCUGCAGUAAAC